AAGGCCGCAAGGCGUUUGGCCAGCCGCCGGGAGCGCCGCACAGGGAAUAGCCUUGUGGAGUGGCCUGGGCGGACCCGCUGAUUUCAGCUCUCCGUGUCCAACGAGUCCCGGAAAGCAACGCCCGACGGCGACAGGGUAGGCCACCCGCCCCGGCGGGGAGCGCGGCGGGCAGGCCUACCCCACCGGGGCCCCGGUCGCAGCGGCGCUACUCCACGCGCGUCGAUACUCUUGUCCCAAGGUCUUGUCCCAGGUCACGACCAAAGUAUGAGAAAGUCAUCACCGCAGUCCCAGCCCGGCUUGUUUUGAUUUUCGCGGUAGUGGGUCCCACCUAACCUGUUUCACAUUCUUUUAAUUUAAAUUGUUUUUGAGCUGUAUUGCGUAUUGCGUAAGAAGCAGCUGCAGCCUACGAGAAGCAUUGCAACUCAAUGCCUCUUUCGCUGUUGACAACAAAACAACCAAGAUGGAACUUCAAUGUGACAUAUGCUUUGUUGACUUUAACCUAGACCGGCAUCGACCUAAGGCUUUGCCCUGUGGGCACACCAUUUGUUUUGAGUGUGUACUGAAUCCCGCCUUACAACAGAAAUGUCCAACUUGCCGGAAGGACCUGGAUGCUGACCCUGGCGAGCUCCCUGAUAACAUCCUCGCCAUACGAAUGAUGGAGAACUACGAGCACGGUGGCGCUCCGGGGCGUAAGCGGCGCCGAACUGUGAAGACUCACGCGCAGCAGCUGCAGCGGGGCGUGGACGCCGGGCGGAUAGUGGUGGAGCAGCUGCGGCAGGUGGUCCCCCUGGCGGUGGAGGCGCUGACCCGCCAGCUGGACACGUCGGUGGCGCACCUGCGCCAGGUGGAGGAGGCGCUGCAGGAGGAGCUGCGGCGGGAGGCGGCCGACGGCGAGGGCGCCCUGCACCAGGACCUCGCCGAGGAGCAGCUGCAGCUGGUGACGCAGCUGGAGGACGACCUGCACCUGCUCACCUCCGCCGAGUGCAGCGUCCUGGUGACGGAGGAGGCCGACGGAGCCAAGUGGAGGAGCGCCCCCGCGGCGCUCGGUGGCGUCGGCGACAUGCUGCGCCCGCUCGUGCUGCGCUUCCAGGCGGACGGCCAGCUGGAGAAGGUGGAGGACGCCCCUGCCCCUGCCGGGCCGGCGGCCUACGUGGGGCCGCCAAGCAUCUACAGCGUGUCGAUAUACGACACGGACAUUGACUUCGACGGCCUCCUGAAGGUAGACGACAUCCUCCGCAACAAGCGCCGCUGGAAGAAGACGGUCCGGAGCCUGAGGAACCUCAAGGGGCGCGACUCGGAGCGGCUGCUGCGGCUGGUCGCGCCGCAGCUGGAGGAGCUGCAGAUCUCGGACAACGCGGUGGGCCCGCUGGUCAUGGAGGAGGUGGCGAACAUGCCGCUCCUCAAGAGGCUGUCGGUGCAACUCGACGUGGAGUCGAACGACUUCCCCGACCUGCCGCUGCAGCUGGAGGAGCUCAACAUCCGGUAUCCGGCGGAGAACCAGCUGCGCUGCCUGCAGCGCAUGCCCCGGCUGCGCAGCUUGAGGGUGUACGGCUACCGCGGGCCCAACGUGGCCUUCCCCCCCGCCCCGCACGGCGCGCUGCUGUGGCUGGGCGUCGGCUUCAACAGCGUGCGCAGGGCCACCAUGUGGUCGCUGGUGCGCGCCUACGCGCCGCGGCUGCAGGAGCUCGAGAUCUACUGGCUGGUGCACAAGGAGGGCGAUGAUCUGGGCGAGCAGCUCGCGGCGAGCGGGCUGCAGUCGCUGCGCCGCCUCGUGCUGGACCGGGCGGGCAGCGAGCCCUGCGCGGAGGUGGCCGCCUGCCUGCUGCAGCGCCGCACCCUCCGCGGCUUCCUGGCGCCGCACGUGGAGGUCACGUGCAACGCGUGCGACACGUCCGUGUUCUGACGACCACCGCGUGGCCACGAUGAAGAGACUACGAGUCGGCGCGGAGUUUUAAAUGCCAUAUAAAGCAUAUACAUUUAUGCUAGACGAAGAAGUUACAGACUACACUCAUAAAACUCAUCCACGACGACGACUAUUUUUGUUUAUAAUUUCAUUCAGUCAAAAUAUUAAACAUUUUGCAUGCACUUUA